CUUCCAUAACAUCUAACCAACAUCAAAUCGUGUGAUAGAUUCAGCAUGACGAUCGAUCAAGCACAUCACCCAAGUGUUCAACAGAAGCUAGCCGGGAGCCUUCUUCUUCGAUCAUGUGACGGUGGUUUCCGGCAGCCACAUUAUCCCUACUUGAGGCAAUCUCAGUACAGAAAAUUAACAAAUGGGUCAUUUCAGGCAUCAACUGAUCACCUGUCAAUGGUUGUGCCGAAACUAGGGGCAUCGCCGGCUAUUUGUGUCCAAGCUCCGGCGGAGAAAGGUUUCUCGUCAUUCGCGAUUGAUUUUCUUAUGGGCGGAGUUUCUGCCGCCGUAUCAAAAACCGCCGCUGCUCCAAUUGAACGAGUGAAACUUUUGAUCCAGAAUCAAGAUGAGAUGCUUAAAGCUGGGAGGCUGUCUGAACCCUACAAAGGCAUCGGCGACUGUUUUGGUCGAACCAUUAAGGACGAAGGGUUUGGUUCCUUGUGGCGAGGAAACACUGCUAAUGUCAUCCGUUACUUUCCGACUCAGGCACUGAACUUUGCAUUCAAGGAUUACUUUAAGAGGCUUUUCAACUUCAGAAAAGAUAGAGAUGGGUAUUGGAAAUGGUUCGCUGGCAACCUGGCAUCUGGAGGUGCAGCCGGUGCUUCCUCCCUUUUCUUUGUUUAUUCCCUUGACUACGCCAGAACCCGUUUGGCAAAUGAUGCUAAGGCGGCAAAGAAGGGUGGUGGAGGGCGGCAGUUUAACGGUUUGGUUGAUGUCUAUAAGAAGACAAUGGCAACCGAUGGUAUUGCUGGACUCUACCGUGGAUUCACCAUUUCAUGUGUUGGAAUCAUUGUGUAUCGUGGUCUUUACUUUGGAUUGUAUGACUCUUUGAAGCCUGUCAUCCUUACUGGAGACUUAGCGGAUAGUUUCUUUGCUAGCUUUGCACUUGGUUGGGUGAUCACAAAUGGAGCAGGACUUGCAUCUUACCCAAUUGACACUGUUCGUAGAAGAAUGAUGAUGACAUCAGGUGAGGCAGUGAAGUACAAGGGCUCCAUGGAUGCACUCUCUCAGAUUCUAAAGAACGAAGGUGCCAAGUCUCUCUUCAAGGGUGCAGGUGCCAACAUUCUUCGUGCCAUUGCUGGUGCUGGUGUGCUUUCUGGUUAUGACAAACUCCAGCUCAUCAUCUUUGGCAAGAAGUAUGGAUCUGGAGGUGCUUAAUUAUGAUGUCAUAUCAGCUACAUGAAUGGUGAUGAAAAGCUUUUAUUUGCUGAAGUUUUGAAUAAGAAUUUAGUUUUGGAAAGGUGCUGGAUGGUGUAAUGAUAUACCAGGCAUCCUUUGUAGAUGGAAACCUUAUUUGUAACACUCCUAAAUUUUAUUAGAACUUGAAUACUAAUUGCAAUUUCAAAUGCAAUUACGAUGCUUUAGGUGAAUGAUAUGUUUUUGUCUCAAAU